GUGUUGCCUACGAUUGAACUACAAUGUUGCCUUGAGUCGUGAUUCAAUCGCUUUUUAUAUAAAUUAGAAACUACUCAUAAAACCAAAAAUUCAAACCGAAACACCGAAGUUCACUGGAUAGAUAUGUUUUUGAAGGCUGAGGACUUGAUACUGCAUGUUGUUGAUACUAUCCCUACCCCCGAAGGUGCCUAAUGGUUCGCGCGUCCUUGGCGCGUUGCACGACUGCAUUUGACAACAACGGUUAAAAGCGGAGGCGACGAUAGAAGAAGGAUUGGACAUCAUGCCCUUGAAGGUAAUACUUAAACUUGAUAUAUCCUUUUAUUGCUAAAAUAGAAUAUAGAAUACUUAUAUUUUUAGAAAACUUUUUUUACACUUAUCUCGGUCCAAAUUUUGAAUGUCGCCUCUGUGGACUCAACAUCAACGUCGAAGGAAUUUUAUUGCAGAGGCAACAAACCACAACACACCAGUCGCCUUGAAUUUAAUUGAACUUCAUUAAGAUAUUCAUAUCGAGAAGCGUACAAAUAUGCAUCACUCAGUGCUUGAGUCAUAAAUGUCCACGAGUUCUAUGGCCAAAUAUUUUCCAUCGAUCCUCGAGAGGAAUCUCUGUGUUUAUAACUUAGUUUUAUCGUAAACACGUUAGGUGUAGGUUAGCUCGCUUAAAUUUUCACAUUUGUAAGGUUUUGAAGUGGAACGAUUUCACUUUAGGACAUGUUCACGUGGAUGGAUAAUAGAUACGCGUUCUAUACGAGUUUAACGCGCAUAUUUUGUUCCCCUUAUCUUAACUUUGAGCUGCACUUAUAGGUCCACAACACGUGUGGGACCCAGUUACUUGUAAUGGUGAUAGAACUGAUUGGAGCCAAUUCGGUUUGUAAUCAUACAAGUGAUUAACAAAAUUAGACGACUGCUAAGGGAGAGUCCGAUUUGUUAAUCACGAGUAUGAUUACAGACCGUAUUGGACAACACGAAGUCCUGUUACCAAUUAAUCAAAACUAUGACAAAAUUUGAGAAAAAAACUAGACAUUGGGUAUAUGCUUUAAUGAAAAAAAUAAGCAACAGUUAACUUGGCAAAAUGUGAGAAACAGCACACACACAUGAUGCAUCCUGUCCACUUACACAGGUAUGACACGUCAACUGUCCCUUAAACUUUUCUAUUACACUGUCCAAGUAUGAUGUGUACACUCUCCUAUUAGUGCUCAAAUCAGGCUGGUGAUAACUAAUUGCAUUAGAAAUUUUGUCAUAGUUUUGAUUAAGUCUGUAAUCAUAUGGGUAAUGAACCCAAAAUAAAUCAACCACUAAACAGAAGUCUGAUUUGUUUAUCAUGAUUAUGAUUACUGACAAAAUUGGAUGACACAAAAUUGUUACCAAUAAAUCAAAGCUAUAGUAAUAUGUAAGAAACAAACUAGCCACAUGUUUUCAUAACACUAAGAUACUAGCUACAUGAUUUCAUAACACUAAGAAACUGUUAAUUCAGUGAUAUGCUCAAAACAGUCACAUAUACAAUUAACAGUUAACACGUCAUGCCUGUGUAAGAGGAAAGAAUGCAUCAUUUUUGUGCACAGUUGUCUCACAUUUUGCUGAGUUAAUUGUUUUUUUUUUUAUGGAAACAUAUAAUCGAUGUCUGGUUUCUUUCUCAAAUUUGUCAUAGUUUUGAUUAAUUGGUAACAGGACUUCAUGUUGUCCAAUUCUGUCUGUAAUCAUACAAUCAUACUUGUGAUUAACAAAUUGGAUUCCCACUUUGUGGUUGUAAGCAUGAUACUUACACUGACCCAGUAGUGCUUAAAUUAGGCUAGUGAUAACCAGUCUUGUUCAAAAAUUUUGUUAUAUAGAAUUAAUUAAAAGGUGUAUGUUAGGGUUAAAUAACACAAAUCUGGGAUGAUUCAGUGAGCCAGCCCAGUAAGUUAAACAAUUUCAUGUCCAGAGAGAGCUUUAAUCCUUUAACUCCCAGAUCAAAUUUGUAAAUUCUCCUAAAUAUCAACCAUACGAUUCUUAUAAUGUUAGUUCAGAGAAGUUAGUACUGGAUCAACUUAUUAUCUCCAAAUUGAUAUUUUUCUUUAUUCUUAUCACUUUCUGGUUAACUUUGUAUUGAUAUUGUAAGGAGAAAUUCUGUCUUGGUUAAGGUUUGCCUGAUUUUAAUUUUGCUGACAAUGGCAAACUUGGCUAAUGUGAUUUGUGUUAAAUUCAAUACAAAUCAGCACAUGUAUUAAUUACAUUCUUAAAGUUGCCUUAAUUAUUACAAAAUAAGGUUAAAAUGACUAACUAGGGUAAUUUUUACAGAUAUGUUUGCUAAAAUAAGUGAUACAUUUGUCAGUUGUGGAUUUGAAACUUGCUAAUUAAGCCGCAAGUUUCAAGUUAAGUUUCAAGGGCUCAAAGCUUAUUUGCCUCACCCAGUAACAUGGCAUUUGCAUUAAUUUUCCUUGCAGAAUGAAGACAGCUGGCUUCACUGUACCAUGUGUCGAUCAGGGAGGCAAGGUGCAUCCACUCUUAAUAAAGCUUUGCAAAGAAAGGUGGAGUGGCCAAGUCAAACAAAUACCUCAUUUCACUCCUCACAGGUAGCCUAAAAAACAAAUUUAUGAACCAUUUUUAUUUGAAUAAGUCCCCUUGGUGCCUCUUUAAGUUUUAGCCCUUAAGAGUGGUUGCUUAAUAUGUGAGGUGGGUGCUUAUUAGGGGCUGGGUGCUUAUUCAAUUCUCACCAUUUUCAGCAAGUGUAUGUCAGUAAGAACAAGUUGUUACAGUAGUUAGAGUAUUUUGCCACAAAACAAUGAAUAGUAACAAAAUGGGAAGAUGCACCAUAAUAUAGACAGUGAAUUUAGAUAUUGUAAGCCAGUAAAGAAGUAGCAAUCAAUACUCAUCUUGUGCACUUCAGUUUUUUUGAGAGGGGAGGGUUGGGAGCUUAUUCAAGGUGGGUACUUUUUUGAAGUUGGCCACUUAAUUGAAUGAGUACAAUAUACAAAUAUGAAGACACCUUUUUGCUUUUGGAUACCAAAUCACUCAGAUGUAUAUUUCUAUGUUUGCUGAUUUUGUUUUGGGCUCGUACAUUCAUUCCCACAUGCAAAAAGAUUCUUUCCCCUUAGGUUAUUCCUUGAAAAAAGAGACAAUUGUUUAGUUUUUUUUUAUAUUUCUUCAUAGUUUGACUUUUUUCUUCUUGGUUAGAAUCACAGUUUUGAGUGGUACAUGAUUAUGAUUUGCUGACAAUGCUUGCUAUGAUGAAUUGAUCUAGUCAACCUUUUUAAGAGAAAAAAUUCUGAAAUUAUUUCUUUUACAUAAUGAUAGAAAAUACUCAGUUGAACUCUUUGACAAAUGCUUUGAUCAAUUCAAAGCUUUAUCAUCCCCCCUCCGUGCAACCACCCCUGGCAUCUGAAAUUUUGAAAAUUUCUCUUUUUAAAUUCCUACCCCAUGGGUAUUUUUCUAUGAAAGGGGAGAUCAGCAACUGUGACUUUCUACACAUUGACCAGCAAUUUUUUUGAGUAUUCAAGCUUUGAAACUAAGAUCUUGUAGACCUUACAUUCUAAGUUAUCCACCUGCAGAAGAGAACUCUUGACCUUUGAACAUCUUAAGGUAUACCUAAUGUUAUUAUGACUAAUCAUCUAACUGUUAUGGUAGGAACCCAUGGUGCACACCACAAUAGAAGAUGCAUUUGACACAGUGCUGCAGUACAUGAAUGUAACAAGCAGACAGUGCAAGGUAAGCAUUGGAAGCUGUGCUUGGUACAAAAAUUACCAGUUCCUAUCCUUCUCUUUGCUAUAAAAAAGGUAGCCUCAAGGCUUUUGCAUUGCACCAUAGAUCACAUAGUUCACGCAGAGGUGUUUAGAACAUUCUUAUACUUAUUCAGGGUUAGACAGCUCUUUCUCUUUCCUCUUUACUUGAAUGGAGCCCCAUAUGUCAAUAGCCCUAAAAUGUGUUGACCAGCUCGCUGUAAGCAGCUUUUUUUUUUCAGAGACUAUUGAAAACUUUUCUUAUUAAAGUUUGGAAAAUAAAUCCACCAAAUAUACACUGUAUGCUUCUAUUCACGAGAAACUUACAUCAAGUUUAACUUCCAAUUCAAAAUUGGAAGUUAACUUCUUUCAAACAACUGGCCCCAUGGUCCUGCCCAUGAGCUUGCCAUUGGUUGAACAUUUUUUUGCAAGGCACUUCAAUUAUUCUCCACCCACUGAAACCUCAAAUAAUGGUGAAUCUCUUUUUAGUAAUAUGUAUGUAAUCCAAACAGUGCAUUCUGAUAGCCUUCAAACAGGCCUUCGUCAUUAGUGUUUCAGGACGUGCGUUUCUCCGCCCGCGAGAAGAUUUGGAACAAGUCGGGGAGAGGUUAGCUGGGGUUUGGCACUAACUAUCAGUGCCAGAUUCCAUGCAGACCUCCCACUGACUUGCAUUACUCAAGGCCUCAUAUUUCCCUGCAGGUAUCGAAGCGCUGAUAACGAGAUGAUACCUGCGGGUAGCCUACGUGUAGCCGUACCCUCCCCUCUUCCGUUUCAUUUUAGCGGGGGGAGGGUAUGGCUAUACUUAAACUAGCUUGCAAUGGUACGCUUUGUCAUACAUUAUUAUCACAGACCUCUCGACUGCUUGCGUUGCUCAAGGUCUCAUACUUUCCCGCGGGUGUAGAAAAGCUCGUGUAGAAGCGCUGAUAACCAGGGCCUGCUCGCUGGCUAUGCAUUCUAAUUGGUUCCCUCGUUUGCUGCAUGUUUUAUCGUGCAUCAUGGAUGGAAAGGAAAAAAUGUAUAACACAGGAGAUUAUAAUCUAUUGAUAACAUUCAUACUAAUACCGUAUUUGGUGAUGAUUAACAGUACCAAGAUAGGUUUAUAUUUGAAUUGGAUUGGUCUUAACAUUCACUUAAGGUGCUUUUUGACAUUACUGUUUCUAACUUUAUUUGAAAAUCGCCAAAGUCGAGUAGACUAUUUAUAAAACGGGGAUGAAAAAAUUAUUUGAAUGCUUGAUCUCGAUUUAUUGUAGCAUAGGAAAUGAAAGGCUUAAGAAAUCUCAAGUUUUCCCUUCAAACAUGACAUACUACAAAUACGGAAGCUUGUGACCAAAAAAGAUUCAUCCAAAUGAUCUUUACAAUAUAACGUUAAAGUUAACUCUGCUUUGAAAUUGCUCAAACGAGAGGGAAAACGAGUGUGUGGGCUGAGAUAAGUCAUCAACUCUCUUAUAUGUAGUGUGUUUGUUUUUCCUAGCGGUAUUUCCGCUGUAGAUCAACGGAAGACUGCAAUGCUCAGGAUGUAAAUCACUGCAACAGAUUUCAUCAACCAGGUUACAACCUGGUCACACGACCACACCCCGUAAGUAAAUACAUUGUAGCUCUAACGUUUAAGGGUGUUGUGUUAACUAGUAUUCUAUUUUAGAUUUCCUCAAUUUUUUCUAAGAUAUUUAUUAUUCUUAAGUUACCUAUAAACCCAUAAGAAGACUACAACUAGGAAUUUUAGUCACUAAGUUUCGCCCUCGUGAGAAUGACAAGCAAAAUGUCGAUUAUAAAUGUCCUUGUGCGUCAUGUCUAUGGAAUUUCAUUGGCGAAACCAACAGAUCAUCUGGCACUAGAAGAAAAGUUAAUAUCAAAGGUUUGAACGUAACAAAACAUGUAUGGACUCUGAACUUCAUAUUUACUGGUAACUCAGACAAUGCCACAAUCACAGACAAACAAAACAAUUGCAUUAGAAAGACACUGGAGUGAUUGCACACGGCAAAAACUGUUUAGGCUGACUCCAAUUUAUGCUUGCUCCUAAGUCAAUGAUAUUCUCUCUCUUUUUAACAAACGGAAGCUUUAGCACUUUUGGUAUAUUAUUCAGCAUUCCUUUCCGUAAGGCAAUUUGUUACUCUUAAUUUUGUUUUUUUUUAUUUUACCCUCCCCGUUCAAUUUUUCUUCACACUCAUUGAUCAUAUAUUUUUACCCGUCGAAUAAAGUAGAAUGACUGUUGAAAGCAUACAAGUUCGUGGCAUCUUUCAAUCAAAUAGCAUUUUAUCUGUUAUGCAUUGUAGUAGCGUAUAUUCGAUAUAUAUACCUUUUCUUAAUUCUCUUCACCUCAAGCUCCAACGAAUGGAAGACGUCCAGGUAGAAGUAGCACCUGGCAGUUAUGCAGUUUCCGCUGGCCGCUACGGUGCACCCAGGCAACACACCCAUAUCGUCCGUUUGGAACCAGGACAGACGGUUGAUCUUGGGUUCUCGUUAUAGUCCUAUAUUGGCUUGAAGAUGAUGUAGUUUAUUCACUUUUUUGACAACAUAGUUACAACAGGGCUUAAAUUACACUGAGCAGGAAAAGAUGGCAAAAGGAACCUACAGUGUAGACAAGAGUCGUCUUCAUCAUAGUUGGGAUCGUAGAAAUCGUGUUUUCACAUUUACUGCGACAAACUCAGUCAUCCUUUUAAAGCUAUUUAUACAGAUGUAAUUAUGAAAACUAGUAUAUUGUAAUGGGUGGAAUAUCAACACUCGUCUGCUUAAUAGGAAUUAGUAUUCUUCUAAAUAUGAUAUAUUCAAGAGAAGAUCUUAACAAAAGUAGUUUACUAUUGUAGAUUUCGAAUUCACAACAUUGAAAACCUGAUUUGAAGUUACUUUCUGCUGAGAUAACAUUAACAAUAAAGCGUAGCGUAGCAUGGUCAACUUUGGUGAACGUUUGAUUUUCUCUUCAUAGACGUAAUUCGCAGUGCUACGAUUGAACAUCAGAGAACUUUCCCAU